AUGAGAGAAAUUAUCCAUUUGUCCACCGGUCAGUGUGGUAACCAGAUUGGCGCUGCCUUCUGGGAAACUAUCUGUGGUGAACACGGUUUAGACAACAAUGGGAAUUACCAUGGCGACGACGGAAUCCAAAAGGCCAAAUUGGACGUGUACUUCAAUGAAGCCUCCUCCGGCAAGUACGUUCCUCGUGCCGUUCUCGUGGACUUGGAACCAGGUACCAUCGACGCUGUCAAGCUGUCCCGUAUUGGUAACUUGUUUCGUCCCGAUAACUACAUCUUUGGCCAGUCUUCUGCUGGUAAUGUGUGGGCCAAGGGUCACUAUACUGAAGGUGCCGAAUUGGUCGACUCUGUUAUGGAUGUUGUGAGGAGAGAGGCCGAAGGUUGUGACUCGUUGCAGGGUUUCCAGAUUACUCACUCCUUGGGUGGAGGUACUGGUUCUGGUAUGGGUACCUUGUUGAUCUCGAGAAUCAGGGAGGAAUUUCCAGACAGAAUGAUGGCAACCUUUUCCGUGAUGCCCUCUCCUAAAGUUUCCGACACCGUCAUUGAACCAUAUAACGCGACCUUGUCUGUGCACCAGCUUGUGGAAAACUCCGAUGAAACCUUCUGUAUUGAUAACGAGGCCUUGUAUAAUAUCUGCCAAAAGACCUUACGCUUACCACAGCCUUCUUACGACCAGUUGAACAACUUAGUUUCGUCUGUGAUGUCUGGCGUCACCACUUCCUUGCGUUACCCCGGCCAGUUGAACUCUGAUUUGAGAAAGUUAGCCGUUAACUUAGUGCCAUUCCCAAGAUUGCACUUCUUCAUGGUUGGUUACGCUCCCUUGACUUCAAUGGGUUCCCAGUCCUUCAGAUCUUUAUCUGUUCCAGAGUUGACUCAGCAGAUGUUCGAUGCCAAAAACAUGAUGGCUGCUUCUGACCCUAGAAACGGCCGCUACUUGACAGUAGCUGCAUUCUUUAGAGGAAAUGUCUCUAUGAAAGAGGUUGAUGAUGAAAUGUACAAGGUUCAGACGAGGAACGCAGACUACUUUGUCGAGUGGAUUCCUAACAAUGUUCAGACUGCCGUUUGUUCAGUUCCUCCAAAGGAUUUGGACAUGGCUGCUACAUUCAUCGGUAAUUCGACCUCUAUUCAAGAAUUGUUCAAGAGAGUUGGCGAUCAGUUCAGUGCUAUGUUUAGAAGAAAAGCUUUCUUGCACUGGUACACCUCUGAGGGUAUGGAUGAGAUGGAGUUCACUGAGGCAGAAUCCAAUAUGAAUGACUUGGUAAGUGAAUACCAGCAGUACCAGGAAGCCAGCGUGGAAGAAGAAGAGGAUGUGGAUUAUGGUGCCGAGGAGGCUCCUUUGACUGACAACAUGGAUUAA